AUGGACAACUUCCAGGCGAUUCCCGUCACCGUGAAACUUUUUGCUAGGAUGGUGGAAAUGUCAGCCAGGGAGCUGCUGGAAGACAACAAGCAGCUCAUACUGGAGAAAAAGGAACAGAAGGCGCUGGCAAGGAAGAACUCGCGAGAGUUAGUGCAGAAGCUGAUCGAAGAAGAUCGCGUCCGCAGCGAGGGCAUCAAGGCAACGGACCAAAGCAAAAGAUCGCAGCAACGAGAGUUAGCGCAGCAGUACAAAGCCAUGAUCGCGCAGAAGGAAGCUCAAAGAGCAGCCGUAAAGGCUUCUGCGCAGAAAGGUCAGACGAUUUCUUAUUUCCCUUUCGUGGAGGGCGAGACGAUAGCGAAGGGCCGCGCUGCCAAGAGCGCCGUCCUCCGCGAAGAGAUGCAGGGCUUCCUGCGGCAGCAGCGAGAAAAGCAGCCGCCGCGAAACGAUGCCCUGAUCAAGGACACCCGCGCAGACAACGUUCUGUUGUAUUCGAUUCGGCCGAAUGGAACUGUGCCGGCUGCCAAAGUGGAUGUGGAAGCUCUCGAGACAGACAUGAAGCUAGUGGAUGAGAGCGGCGCCCAUAUGGCGAGGCAUCCGCUCUUUCUGACGAAGAGCCGAGAUCACAUGUCUAGAAGGCUCUACGAUGAGCAUGUCCGCAGGGCUUUGGAGGACAAGGUGGAGCAGACGAAAGUGGAGUUGGCCAAUCUGGCCAAGAAACGUCAGGAAGAGGUGCACAUGCUGGAGGAUUCGAUGCUUGUGGCAGAUGCCCUCCGCCACGAUGGCACCACCGCAAAGGCAGAUGCAAGGAGAAGACAUGCCAGCUUCUUAAAGGACCAGAUUGAGGAACAGCGCCAGCGACGGCGAGCAGAGAAAGAAAGCAAACGGUACGAAGCUGCUGGGUACUGGGGUCCAGAGGACAAGCCUGCGCAAUCCGUGGACACUCACCGAUCCCAUUGCCAAGACCUGAUCAAACAAAUGGAGGUAGACCAAAACCGCCGCCUAAUCGACCGCAGCAUGCGGCUGCGGCAAGAGCAGCAGAUCGUCAACAAUUGUAUAGUUCAGAUGGAACAAGAUCGGGAGCUGGAGCGGCAGAAAGUGGCCCAGCACCGGGACGUCUUGGUUACUACUUGGCAGAGCCAAGUGCAGCUUCGAGAG